GUUAGAUGGAACAAAGAAAACUCAGCUAAUAAUCAAUAAUCUCAAGCAUUUAGCAAAUUGAUACUAAUAUUUCAAACAAAAAAGAAGAUUAAAUAAAAAAAGGUUCAAUUACACCAUUCAAUUUCAAAUGUAAGUAUUGAAUAAUAUAUAUAGGUUAAUAAGAUCAAUAUAAUGUAAAAUUAUGUGGUAUUGUAUUUGAUGCCAUAGGAGCCCCAGAUUUUUUUUAGUUUAAUAAUGUGUAAAAUAACCUAAUCGACAUCUCGGAAUGAUUAGGGAAUUUCUAUAGAUGUCAGUAAUUACAUCUUUUCAAAAGUUUGAUUUGUUUGGAUAGAAUGCGUUUGCCUUUAAGAAUCUGCAAGAAGGAUA